AUGGCUUCUCAGGCGCCUCAAUCCGAUGAGACGACCGUCCCACAUCGAGGCUGGAGUCUUGCAAGGCCUUCUUCGGACAACAGCCAGGUUUUGGCUGGUUCCAAAAAUCUUGUCAUCUCCUAUGUAACUUUGGCAAACAGCCGUGUCUUUCAUGUCGAGGUUGAUCAGAAGGCCGACGGACAGGAGGUGCUGGAAAAGAUCUGCAAGCUGCUCGGCAUCAUGGACGAGGUAGACUACUUCGGACUGCAGUACUUCGGCCCUAAGAACGAACUGCUCUGGGUGAACACGAGGAACCGGCUGUCUAAACAGAUUCCCGGCGGCCAGCCUUACAAGCUGUACUUUAGAGUGAAGUUCUACGUGCCACCUCACACUCUGCUCCUCGAGGAGACAAGGCACCAAUUUUUUAUCAACAUCGUGCAGCAACUGAAGCAAGGCCUCUGGGACACCGACACGUCUCUUGAGUUGCAGGCCCAUCUGAUCGCCUUGAUGGCGCAUGCACAGUUUGGAGACUACAAUCCCGUGACCACACCCUGCAAGUACGCUUGCUUUUGGCCCGAUCGGCGAGACGAGAUCCCACCUGAGGCCGUUCGGAUGGCUGCAAGCUUUCACCGCGAUCUCGAGGGCACUACCAAGGCACAUUCGCAGUAUGAGGUGUUGCGGCUGGUCUACAUGGAUAUGACAUCUUAUGGGACGCAUUUCUAUGAGGCAAAGGAUAUAUUUGAUCAUAAAAUCCUCAUCGGAGUGGGUCCGGAGGGCAUCUGCUUGUGCUCAACUACCGGACAAGUUAUAGAAAGAGUCACUACAGUAACGACUAGUACUCGCGUUGUAACUCUUAAUCUCUUGGAGGACGAUGCCAGUCUGAAAUCAAAGAACUAUCAAUUGGCUACCACACGUCUUGGUAACUCUCUAUAUCGCUGCAUAAUGGAACUUCACUCAUUCUUCAGAUGUGAUUCUGUUCGCGAGGACGUGAUCACACAAACAAAUCGCGAUCUGAGGGAUGCGUUUACCUCCUUAUUCGACCAUAAUGGUGAGUAA